UCAGCCAGAAACAAGGCUACUGAGGCCAAGGCUGGCAUUUCAGGGGCUCAGAGCCUUUGGCCCUGUGGUGGGGGCUUGGGGCUAUCCUGUGCUCUUUAUAGGGAUGCAGGGAAACUCAGGGAGGGAGCACUCUGCACUGGCACAACAGUUGUGGGCCACAUGGGGAUAAUUGGCUCAAGGAAACCCUAUCCCUUUGUCUCUACAUCUCAGGGGGUGUCUCCCUGGAGACCGGGAGUGGCAGGGAGCCCCCUGGCUAGAACAGCCCUGGUGGGGGACAAUGCCCCCCACAGCCAUCUUGUGCCCAUCGCCACUGCCCUGAGGCAGCUGAUGUGAGGAGACCCCAUUUCUGCACUCCGUAAUGGUGGCUCCUGUGAUGGCUCCCUGGCCUCUCUUCAGCCUCCACCUUCUGCUGCUGUUCCUGCUGCUGCUGCCCUUGACCAGAGCCCAUCGCUUCUCUGUACACAACACCAGCCUCAACCACCUGGUGCUGGAGCCAGGCCAGGGCACACUCUACGUGGGUGCCGUGAAUCACCUCUUCCAGCUCAGCCCUGAGCUGAAGAUGGAGGCUGUGGCUGUCACUGGCCCUGUCAUCGACAGUCCUGACUGUGUGCCUUUCCAUGACCUGGCUGAGUGCCCCCAGGCCCAGCUCACUGAUAAUGCCAACCAGCUCUUGCUAGUGAGCAGCAGGGCCCAGGAGCUGGUGGCUUGUGGGCAAGUGAGGCAGGGUGUGUGUGAGAAGCGGAGCCUUGGGGAUGUGACUCAGGUGCUGUACCAGGCUGAGGACCCUGGUGACGGGCAGUUUGUGGCUGCCAAUACCCCAGGAGUAACCACAGUGGGCCUAGUGGUGCCCUUGCCAGGCCGAGACCUCCUGCUGGUGGCCAGGGGCCUGGCAGGCAAGCUGUCAGCAGGGGUACCGCCCCUAACUGUGCGCCAGCUGGCUGGCCCGCAGCCUUUCUCCAGCGAAGGUCUGGGACGACUCGUGGUGGGAGACUUCUCAGACUAUAACAAUAGCUAUGUGGGGGCUUUCUCUGAUACCCACUUUGCCUACUUUGUCUUCCGUCGGCGUGGAGCCCGGGCCCAGGCUGAAUAUCGCUCCUAUGUAGCUCGUGUCUGCCUUGGAGAUGUCAACCUUUACUCCUAUGUGGAAGUGCCCCUUGCCUGCCAUGGCCAGGGCCUUAUCCAAGCUGCCUUCCUUGCUCCAGACACAUUGCUAGGCGCAUUUGCAGCAGGCACAAGUCAGGCACAGGCAGCCCUGUGUGCCUUUCCCUUAGCUGACCUGGACAAGAGUAUGGAACAGGCCAGGCGACUUUGCUAUACCACUGGUGGUCAGGGUCCCAGUGGCAUGGAAGAAGCCACUGUGGAAUAUGGUGUCACAUCCCGUUGCAUCACCCUGCCUCCGGACUCCCCUGAGUCAUACCCCUGUGGUGACGAACACACCCCCAGCCCCAUCGCAGGCCGCCAACCCCUGGAAGCCCAGCCUUUGCUACAGCUGGGACAGCCCAUCAGUGCAGUGGCUGCUCUCCAGGCAGAUGGGCACACGAUAGCCUUCCUGGGAGACACCCAGGGCCAGCUACAUAAGGUCUUCCUAAACAGCUCCCAAAGCCAGAUAUACCAUUCCCAGCAAGUGGGGCCCCCAGGCUCAGCCAUCAGCCCAGACCUGCUGGUAGACAAUAGUGGGAACCACCUCUAUGUCCUGACUGCCCAGCAGGUAGACCGGAUUCUUGUGGCAGCCUGUCCUCAGUUCCCCAACUGCACCACCUGCCUCCAGGCUAGGGACCCACUGUGUGGCUGGUGCAUCCUUCAGGGCAGGUGUACUCGGAGGGGCGAGUGUGGACGGGCAGCCCAGCCAAACCAGUGGUUGUGGAGCUAUGAAGACAACUACUGCCUUCACAUUCAGAGCCUGCUACCAGCCCAGCACCCCCGCCAGGAACAGGGCCAGGUCACUCUGUCUGUUCCCCGGCUGCCUACCCUGGCUAUGGAUGAAUACUUCCAUUGUGCUUUUGGGGACUAUGACAGUCUGGCUCAUGUGGAAGGGCCCCAUGUGGUCUGUGUCACCCCUCCUGGAGAUCAGGUGCCACCUAACCCUCCAGGCUCCGAUCAUGUCACCUUGCCCCUGGCUCUGAUGUUUGAGGAUGUGGUUGUGGCUGCCACCACCUUCUCCUUCUAUGACUGCAGUGCUGUCCAGGCCUUGGAAGUGGCUGCCCCGUGUCGCACUUGUGUGGGCAGCCUGUGGCGGUGCCACUGGUGCCCCCAGAGCAGCCAUUGUGUAUAUAGCGAGCACUGCCCAGAGGGUGAGAAGACUGUCUACAGUGCCCAGGAGGUGGACAUCCAGGUUCGUGGCCCAGGGGCUUGUCCUCAGGUUGAGGGCCUAGCAAGUCCCCAAUUGGUGCCUGUGGGCUGGGAGAGCCAUUUGGCCCUGCACAUUCAGAACCUUCACUAUUUCCGAGGUCUGCCUGCCUUAUACUACUGCUGGCUAGAGCUGCCUGGAAAACUGCAGAAGCUACCUGCCUUCCUAGAGGAGACAUCCAAGGACUCUGGCCUCAUUCACUGCCAGGCCCAGCAGUUCCAUCCCUCUAUGUCCCAGAGGGAGCUCCCAGUGCCCAUCUAUGUAACCAGAGGUGAGAUCCAACGGCUGGACAAUGCCCAUGAUCUUCAUGUGACUCUGUAUGACUGUGCUGUGGGUCACCCUGACUGCAGCCAUUGCCAGGCAGCCAAUGGAAGCCUAAGCUGUCUGUGGUGUGGCGAUGGCCAGCCUUCCUGCCGCUAUGGGCCACUGUGCCCACCAGAUACUGUGGAACAGCUAUGCCCUACACCCACCAUUGAUGUGAUUGAACCCCUGACUGGUCCCCCAGAAGGUGGCUUGGCCAUCACCAUCCUGGGUUCCAACCUGGGCCAGGCCUUUACUGAUGUGCAAAACGCUGUGACUGUGGCUGGCCAGCCCUGCAACCCUGAAGCUUCUCUCUACCGCAUCUCUGCCCGGAUUGUGUGUGUGAUAUCCCCUGCUCCCAAUGGCACUGCUGGGCCUGUCCAAGUGGCCAUUAAGAGUCGUCCUCCCGGCAUCUCAACCCAGCACUUCAUCUACCAGGACCCUGUCCUGCUAAGCCUGAGUCCUCAGUGGGGUCCCCAGUCAGGGGGUACCCAGCUCACCAUCCAUGGGCAGUACCUCCAGACAGGAGGCAACAUCAGGGCCUUUGUAGGUGACCAACCUUGCCUCAUCCAGGAGCCUGUGUGUCCUGAAGCCAUCAUAUGCCACACCAUGCCCCAAGCAGAGCCAGGAGAAGCAGUAGUCCUUGUAGUCUUUGGACAUGUUGAGCGCAAACUGCUCACCACCCCAUUUCGAUAUACUGCCAAUCCCCAGCUGGUGGCAGCAGAGCCUAGUGUCAGUUUUCGGGGGGGUGGACGACUGAUUCGAGUCAGGGGUAUAGGCCUAGAUGUCGUGUGGCAGCCCUUGCUGUCUGUGUGGCUGGAGGAUGAGGACCAGGUAAAGGCUUUGGGGGGCCAGGGCCAGGAUGUGAACCCAAGGAGGAACUGCGGUGCCCCUGCUGCAGAUCCCCAGGGUUGUAUCCAGCUUGAGAGUGGCUUGCUACAGUGCUCCACUCUGUGCUCUGUUAACUCAUCUAGCCUCCUCCUGUGCCACAGUCCAGCAGUGCCAGAUGGGGCCAUCCCAAAGAGGGUCUUCUUUGCCUUAGACAACAUGCAAGUAGACUUUGCCAGUGCUAGUGGGGGCCAGGGAUUUCUGUACCAGCCUAACCCUCGCCUGGUCCCACUUAGUCAUGAAGGACUCACUCACCCUUACCGCCUCAAGCCAGGUCAUGUCCUGGAUGUGGAGGGUGAGGGCCUCAACUUAGGGAUCAGCAAGGAGGAGGUGCGGGUGCACAUUGGGGAUGGAGAGUGCCUGGUGAAGACGCUGACGCUUACUCAUUUGUACUGCGAGCCACCCCACCAUGCCCCUCAGCCAGCCAAUGGUUCAGGCACCCUGCCUCAGUUCGUGGUGCAGAUGGGCAAUGUGCGCCUGGCUCUGGGCCCUGUCCAGUAUGAAGCAGAGCCCACGAUGUCCACCUUUCCUGUGGAGGCCCAGGUGGGCCUGGGCCUGGGUGCUACUGUGCUGAUUGCUGCAGUGCUGCUCCUCACACUCAUGUACAGGCACAAGAGCAAGCAGGCCCUGAGAGACUAUCAGAAGGUGCUGGUGCAGCUGGAGAACCUGGAGACUGGUGUGGGCGACCAGUGUCGCAAGGAGUUCACAGACCUGAUGACUGAGAUGACAGACCUCACCAGUGACCUAGAGGCCAGUGGGAUACCCUUCCUGGAUUACCGGACAUAUGCUGAGCGUGCCUUCUUCCCCGGCCAUGGUGGCUGCCCACUGCAGCCAGAGCUUGAAGGGCCUGGGGAAGAAGAUCGCUGUGCCACUAUGCACCAGGGCCUUACACAACUCUCCAAUUUGCUCAACAGCAAGCUCUUCCUUCUCACACUCAUCCACACUCUGGAGGAGCAGCCAAACUUUUCCCAGAGGGACCGCUGCCAUGUGGCUUCACUGCUUUCCCUGGCUCUGCACAGCAAGCUUGAGUACUUGACCGACAUCUUGAGAACUCUGCUUGGUGACCUAGCAGCCCAUUAUGUACACAGGAACCCUAAGCUCAUGUUACGCAGGACAGAGACCAUGGUAGAGAAGCUGCUCACCAACUGGCUAUCCAUCUGUCUCUAUGACUUCUUAAAGGAAGUGGCUGGUGAGCCACUGUACAUGCUCUUCCGGGCCAUCAAGUACCAGGUGGACAAGGGCCCUGUGGACGCUGUGACAGGCAAAGCAAAACGAACUCUGAAUGAUAGCCAUCUGCUACGAGAGGAUGUGGAGUUCCGGCCCUUGACCUUGAUGGCACUAGUGGGACCUGAGUCUUGUGGGGUAGCAGGGAACAGCGAGGUGCAGCGAAUGCCAGCCCGGGUGCUUGACAUAGACACCAUAACCCAAGUCAAGGAGAAGAUGUUAGAUCAAGUCUACAAGGGAACCCCCUUCUCUCAGAGGCCUUCAGUGCACUCCUUAGACCUUGAGUGGCGCUCAGGACUAGCUGGUCACCUAACCCUGUCAGAUGAGGACUUGACCUCCGUGACUCAAAACCACUGGAAGAGACUCAACACCCUGCAACACUACAAGGUCCCAGAUGGAGCAACAGUGGUGCUCAUUCCUCAGCUGCACAAUGGUGACACUGUCUCCCAGAGACUGGGCCAGACUGGCUGCCCCUCUGGAGAGAACAUCCCCAUGCUGGAAGAUGGUGAGGAGGGUGGAGUUCGGCUCUGGCACCUGGUGAAGGCCACUGAGGAGUCAGAAGGGGCCAAAGUGCGGCACAGCAGCCUCCGGGAACGAGAACGAGAACGGGCAGGAGCCAAGGCCAUUCCUGAAAUCUAUCUCACCCGUUUACUUUCAAUGAAGAGAACCUUGCAGAAGUUUGUGGAUGACACCUUCCAGGCCAUUCUUAGCGUGAAUCGGCCUGUGCCUAUUGCUGUUAAGUACCUAUUUGACUUCCUGGAUGAGCUGGCAGAGAAACAUGGCAUAGAGGAUCCGGAGACCCUGCACAUUUGGAAGACAAACAGCCUACUGCUGCGAUUCUGGGUGAAUGCCUUGAAGAACCCACAGCUCAUUUUUGAUGUGCGGGUGUCAGACAACGAGGAUGCCAUCUUGGCUGUCAUUGCACAGACCUUCAUCGACUCCUGCAUGGUCUCGGAGCAUAAAGUGGGCAGGGAUUCCCCGGUGAACAAACUGCUCUAUGCCCGGGAGAUCCCUCGAUACAAGCAGAUGGUGGAGAAGUACUACGCAGACAUUCACCAGAGCUCUCCAGCGAGCUAUCAGGAGAUGAACUCAGCUCUGGCUGAACUCUCUGGGAACUACACCUCUGCUCCCCACUGUCUGGAGGCUCUUCGAGAACUUUACAACCACAUCCACAGGUAUUAUGACCAGGCCCUUGUUGAGAUGGAGAAAGGACUGGAUAGCCCUGGUCUGAUGGGCAGAGGAGUGGGAUUUCAGGCAGGUACACUCUACUGCCCUGACAGAUUAUCAGUGCCCUGGAAGAGGACCCCGUGGCCCAGAAGAUGCAGCUGGCUUGCCGCCUGCAGCAGAUCGCUGCCCUGGUGGAGAACAAAGUGACUGACUUGUGAACAAGAGCCACAGUGGUUACCUGAGACCUGCCAGCUUAUAGAACAGUAGGCAGGAUCCACGACCAAAGUGCUAUAUGUCCCUGACCAAGCAGUUCCUGAGGAGGGGUCAGCAGGACUAUAUAGAGUGCCUUCCACCACCCAUCUGGCUUGUUUCUAAUUUAUAAUGAUCCCUACCAUCUUUCCCACUGUAUUUAUUUGCUUGCUGGAAAAUCACAUCUGGAAAUAAAAUAGAAACACAUCUUAAAAAAAAAAAA